GUGCCGGCGGGGCGGCCCCGGGGCCGCGGCGUCGCCAGGGCCGCGCCCGGGUUUGUUGUAGCAACGGCCGCGAUGGCAGCGAGGCCGCCCCUGCCCGACUCGGUGCUGCUGCAGGUCCUGGCGCUGCUGCCGCUGCGGGACCGGCUGCGAGCGGCCAGGGUGUGCCGGCGGUGGCAGCGGCUGGCGCAGGACCGGGCGGUCUGGACUCAUGUGGAUCUGAGCCCUCACCGGAUCACCCGCCGCACGCUGUGGCACCUGGUGCGCCACCGCCUCCCCGACAGCGUGUGCACCCUGCGGAUGCGGGGCGCGCCUCGGCCCGGCGGCAAGCAGCGGCUGCUCUCGCCGGCACUGCUGGCUGCCCUGCGGGAGCGCUGCCCCCAGCUCCAGCGGCUGUGCCUCACCGACACCGACCUCCGCCACGUCCCCUACGAGAGCAUGCCCGCUUCUGUCACCACGCUGGAGCUGAGCCUCUGCGACAUCCCCGAUGCCUGGUUCUGCGUCUCCCCUUCGGUGCCAUCACCACAGGUACAACACCUCGCUAUCCACAGCGUUCCCACCUUUUCUGACCAUCACCUUCUUGACAUUUCCUCACAGAGCCACUUGAAGACACUGAGCCUUUGCGGCACCUACCGCAUCACUGAUACGGGGAUCCAAGCAGCAGCCCCGCACCUGGAGGAGCUGGAACGCCUGGUUCUGCGGCACUGCAUCAUUGGUGACGCUGCCAUGGUGUUCAUCGGGCGCCACAUGAAGCGGCUGCGCUACCUGGAAAUCAGCCAUGCCUGCUUCCUCACCAACAGGGGGCUGGUCGCGAUCGUGACACUGGAGCGCCUGGAGACCCUGUGCCUUGACCUCUAUGACUUGGUCUCCCUCGGUUCUGUUAUCGCUUUGUUGCAAGUGCUGCCUCGCCUGAGCCACCUCAAAUUAGGUGGAACUUGCUUUGAAGAUGAACUCCUCAGUAAAAUUCAGGAGAAUUUUCCACAUUGCACCAUCUCUCACACCCCAUGACAGCCUGAAGUGCAAUCCUUCCUUCCCUAGGACACCUGAAGUGCUCUUUUUUUUUUUUUUUUGUACUGCCUGUUUUUGUAUACAUAGCUUUGGGAUACAAUUCCCACUUGCCUUAAAAUAUUACGUUUUUUUCACAUAAAUAUGUUAAAGAGCUUGUCAUGUAUUUAACAAAGCUUGUUAACAAGCUUUAGGUAGGAUUCCCCCUUCCAUGUUUUCCAUGGAUCAGAGGAAUAGGAAAGCUGGGAAGGACACCCAGCCUUUGGGAACCCCAGUGACCAAAAACUAGCUGGGGUGGUGACAAGUUCAAGCUCUGUCUUCUCCACUUUCUCCACUGUCAAGGAUUAGGCAGCAGCUUAAUGAGUGUAGAAUUCAAGGAGUGAAGUGAAGCACCCUUCUGUCAUGGAAAAAACAGACCAGGCAGCCAAAACCUCACAAUUACCAAUUCCUUCUCCUUUCCUUCAAAUUCAGAUCUUCAAGUCACUUGUCAUACUGGUCAUGAGGAUUCCUGAACACCUGGUCUGAACAGCCAGACAUCCUGUCUGCCCCAGGCACUGCUGGGGCUGCUGUUACCGCUGAGUUUUGCUGGUAACAUCCAUAUUUUUUCUCAUCACCUUUUAUAGUCUGCAUUUCCAUCCUCUUCCUCCCCAUCCCCCAAUAGCCUAACACCAGAUAACCACCUAAAUGUUAUGUUGUUACUCUUAGUUUUUAGUCUAUAUUUUUAAACAAAUAUUGCAUUUCUUUAAAAAAACUUGAAAGCUUUUAACUUUCAUUUGAACCCUUGUUUUAGGACUUGGGUUUUUGUUUUUACCUGCUUUGGCAUCUCUCCUGCCCCCUUAGGACAGCAUUGCUUGUGACAAGAGCAUCCCACAGGAAACAGAGCAGGGCAACUAAUGCCUUUGAGCAUCUGAGCCUUUUCUGCCCUGUUUUAAUCACAAAUACCCCCUGCUCUCCAUUCAGCUGCAGCACAUGCAGCAAACCUUUGAGUUUCAGACAGUCCUGGAGGCAGUGACCCUCCCUGUGGUGAAAUCCUCAUUGCUGUCCGGUGGCCUUUGUGCCCUUGCCUCUUUUUUAAUCCUAAACUCAGUCUCAGGGUGGCUUCAGGGCAAAUAUCCCAAGGUAAAACGUUCAAGCUCUGCUUUGGAAAGCAAAGGUUGUUGACCUACUAACUACUGCUCCGUGUUUAUCCCAGACAAGGAGAUUAACACCAAAGGGAUCAGCCUUAUUAAAACCUCCAGCAUUCCCUGUUCCAGCACUCUCUGGGAAGGGGAGGGACAGUACAACAGGAAAAAGGAAGACCAAAACCAGUAAAAAUCCAUCAGUCAGUCAAGGCACAGCAAGAUGCAGCAUGAACCUCAAUGUUCUCCUGAUCUUUGCAAUCCUGAUGGCACAACAACAGAAUUUAAUAUCCCCACAGUCACAACAUGCCAGUUUUCCAUUAACUAAUUAUAUUUCUAUAAGCUA